UUUGCUAUUCAUAUCGCUGCCAACGUCAUGAGGAUGUCGCCUGAGGACAGGAUUAUACGCGAUAUCCUGCAGAUGUGGAUGCUUCCAUUGCGAGGGAAGUAUCUCGUUUGGGCUAUCGCAGCAUGCUGUUGUCAAGGUUUUCUGCUCCUGGGUUAUGACCAAGGGGUCAUGCAUAUGUCAGGAAUUAUUGGAGCUGACAACCAGUUCGGACGCGACUUCAAUCAUCCCGGUCCAACACAACAAGUCACGAUUGUUGCCAUAUAUGAUAUAGGUUGCGCUGUCGGAAGUUUGAUCGUGUUCUUCUGGGGGAAAGGCAUCGGGCGUAAACGUAUGAUCAUGGCUGAAGCAUUGACUAUGUUGGUUGGAACGUUGGUACCUCAGGCAAUCCUCACCAGCUCCACGACGCUUGCACAGUUGAUCGUAGGGAGUGUUGCUACCGGCAUCGGCAACGGUUUUGAUUCAUCUUCGAUUCCUCUAUACCAGUCCGAAACAUGUGGUGGAGAAAUUCGAGGAGCGCUCGUGGCUCGUGUGUCUCAAUUCAACCGUUACCAUCAUUGGGCUUGUAAUCGCAUAUUGACUCGAUGCAUGGCACAUGGUCUUAAAGAUGAAGGAGUCCGAAUCCUCGCGCAGCUUGAGAAUCUGGGUGCCAACCAUCCUGAUGUGUUGAUGAAAAGGAAGGAGAUGGAAGCGUCUUUAGCUCAGGAGAGUGCGGGUGGUCCUUUCAAGUAUCGAGAGUUGAUCCAAGGCGGAAGGAUAGUCAAUUUCCGGAGGAUGUGUCUUUGCAUCGGUGUCAGUGUCAUGCAGCAGUUUACUGGGACGAACAUGAUCAACUACCUCGCACCUGUUGUUUAUCAGAAUACAAUGGGGCUGUCUCGAAACCUAUCCUUAUCCUGGGCGGUGCAACUGCUUGCACCUUCUGGCUUGCACUUAUGCUUCAUUCUUGCCGCUGCACUGUUCUCAACUGGAAUCCGACCAGCGGCUUUGGUGCCACAGCCAUGGUUUUCAUCUUCCAAAUACUUUCAGGUACAGGAUACCUUCCAAUAGUGAGUAGCCAUACAUUAUAUG